CUUCCACCUCCUGAUGACGACGAGACCCUCGACGGCGCGUGGGUCGAGGUGUUCAUCAAAUGUCUUAAAAUAUUCGCCUAUUUCUUCACAUUCGUAGUCACACUAGGAUUUGCAGUCCUCUCUAAAUCGCUGAUACUGUUGAUGAUAUCAAUGACACAACUGAACCGAACGAUUCCCAUAUGUAAUGAGUACAUCCAUGGCUAUGACAUCAACCCACCCAUCGAUCGGGACAAGAGAUAUGAGGCCGUCUAUGGCAGCGACGACGCCGCGAGGAUCGGGUGGCUUUGGGUGCUAUACUUCGCCACCAUUACACCGGAACUGUUCGCGUGGGGUCGGGCGGCCAGGAUAUGCUACUUCAAGACUUACCAAAUUCCUACUUUACGUACAUUUCUUACGGUCUUUACAACCGAAACACUGAACGGAAUCGGUAUUUCACUACUGAUUUUCUCCAUACUUCCCACGGUUGAUACCAUUAAAGGCGCAAUGAUUACAAACUGUGUGUGUUUUAUACCCGGAUUACUACUCAUACUAUCCAAUCACGACCGGCACAGCAAACUAAACCUAUUGCUCACCUAUACGGCCACUAUCUUUCAAGUGGUGGGCUUUGUCUUGUGGCCAUUGGUCGCGCACAACGACGACAGCAAUCAGUACUACUAUAUACCACUGGCGCUGUUUUUAGUGUCGUUCCAGUGGUGGGAGAACUUCAUAGACCCCCAGUCCCACAAUGGGAUCAACAAAUGGCUGCUCGACAUAAAGAAGGAUUUGGCGAAAUCGCGAUAUUUUACUUAUUUGAUUGUCACGGUCUGGAAGAUGGUUGUCAUCUUGUGUUUUAUGAUUUUGUUUGAGUACGUAAACAAUGGACAGUCUGUAGAGUCUGUGAACAGUCUGUUCAGUAAGUUUGGCGAAGGUUUCUCCAACGAAAAGAUCUUAAUUAUUCGCGACAAGAAUCGCCUCGAGUUCCAGAAGCAGAUUGAGGGCGAAUCACACGAGAUGACUGUCAGCGACCCAUACAUUCCCGUCUGGAUUCUGUUGGUGCAGAUUAGCGCCACAUACCUGUGCUAUGCUGUGGCCAAGUUCUCGUGCAAGAUAUGCAUCCAGGGCUUCAGUUUCGCCGUUCCCGUUAACCUAUCAGUUCCGGUGACCGUCUCAUUCAUGUGGGCAGUGGUCAGUGCCUCGGCUCAGGAUAAGUGCCAAGUUUGUCACGAAUUCUUCAAAGGAUUUCAGUACAUCUUUUGGUACACCAGAGAUGUGGACGCGUUUGCCUACGAGAAGGACUAUUACAACUACAUCAGCACAGUUAUGUGGGUCCUAUCACUGGCCUCGCAGAUGUGGAUCUCGAUCCACAUAUGGUUCUCGACCAGCGAAAGGCUGGCCUCCACUGAAAAGCUAUUCAUAAUCCCGAUGUACAGCUCUGUGAUCGUCGACCAGUCGCUGGCAUUCAACAGACGAAGAAUCAAUUUUAUGGACGAAGCCGUCAAAGAUGUUGAGUCGACUCGCGAGGAAAAGCUGGGCAAAGAGGCGGACAAGAAUAUGAACCACUUGUAUGAGACGGUGAAUGAGCCGAUGCCGGCCGCGCCCUACGUGUCCAACGAGGACGAGACGGUCAGGAUCUUCGUGUGUGCGACGAUGUGGCACGAGGACAAGAACGAGGUGAUUCAAAUGCUCAAAGCCGUCAUGCGAUUAGAUGCCGACCAAUGCGCCCGACGACAGGCCCACCAGUUCUUCAAACUGAAUCCCGCCCUCACAGACUACUACGAGAUUGAAUUCAAUAUCUUCUUCGACGAUGCCUUCGAUCAGGGGCCGAGUGAUGACGAAGACGACCGACUCAUCAACCGAUUCGUCAAACAGCUGAUUGAGACGAUGGACGAGGCGGCCAGUUAUGUGCACGAGACCAACAUUAUGCUCAAGAGACCCAACGUUGUGCCCACACCUUAUGGAGGAAAGUUAGAGUGGGUUCUCCCCGGACAGAACAAACUCGUCGCUCACCUCAAGGAUAAAAUUCUUAUCAGACAUCGUAAGCGAUGGAGAAAGGAGAUGAUUGCGAUGAAUACGUUUGUGUUGGCUCUGGACGGGGACAUCAACUUCCGUCCGCAUGCCUUGCAUUUGGUGGUCGACCUCAUGAAGAAGAACAAGAAGUUGGGCGCCGCCUGCGGACGCAUUCACCCGAUUGGCGGCGGACCUAUGGUCUGGUACCAGAAGUUUGAGUACGCGGUCGGCCAUUGGCUGCAGAAGGCGACGGAACACGUGUUCGGAUGUGUUCUCUGCAGUCCCGGCUGUUUCUCUCUCUUCAGAGCCAGAGCUGUGAUGGACGACAGCGUUAUGAAUAAGUAUACGACCAAACCGUCCGAAGCCUUGCAUUACGUGCAGUACGAUCAGGGAGAGGACCGGUGGCUCUGCACUCUCAUGUUACAACAGGGAUGUUGCUACCGAUUAUAUUACCUAAACAUGGGCGACUAUAAGCGUACGGUUGAGUGCAAUACUGAUAUCUCGAAGCCAUACAUCAUAUACCAGGCCAUGUUAAUGGUGGGCACUAUCCUGAGUCCGGGCACUAUAUUCUUGAUGGUUGUCGGAGCCAUGAAUACGGUGUUGGGUCUGGAUAGUAACAUAUCCCUGGCCUGUAAUAUAGUGCCAGUACUUUUAUUCUCAAUCGUGUGUAUGGUUGUCAAGAAGAAUGAUCACAUCAUAUUCCUGGCCAUGAUUUUGAGUACACUCUACGCCCUUCUCAUGUUAGCCGUACUCGUGGGCAGCGCUAUAGACAUCGCCACCAAAGGCAUAAUCACUCCGCAGUCCUUAUUCUUCGUGUCACUGAUGGGCAGCUUUGUUGUGGCCGCUAUUAUACAUCCGCAGGAGUUCUCCUGUAUUCUCCCUCUGCCACUAUAUAUGCUACUCAUCCCCAGUAUGUAUUUAUUGCUGACCCUCUACUCAGUGACAAACAUGCAUAUCGUGUCGUGGGGUACGAGAGAAGUCAAGUCCAAACUGACGGCCAAAGAGGCGGCGAUGGCCGCAGAGGCCGCUGCAGACGCGGCCGCCGCUAAGGCUAACAAGAAGAAUAUGUUGGGAUUUCUGGACUUCUCAAAGUUUGGCAACAAAUCAGGUCUAUUCACGUGUAUGUGCUGUUCCAGCAGUCGUUCCGAUGAAGAAUCAGCCAAAUUGUCACAAAAAUGGCUUCUUGGGCCUCUACCUCCCGCUUCCCCUUGGCCUCAUAAGGCCUCUGUCAGAAGCUCAUACUCAGCACUGUCAGACAGGGCUGAGGUGUUGUCAACCAUCAGAGGCGGACAUACUUCGGACGAGGACGAGGAGGACGAGACUGGGAGUGAAGUUCGCUCCCUAUAUGUGGAUGACACGGGACGUCGAUCGCCAUCCAUAGCCGAGUCGAGUGUGGCCUCAAAGCCCAGGUGGUGUCGAGACCCUGCCUUCAAGAAGUUUCCUUUGGUUCAGUUAACACCCCAUGAAUUGCAGUUUUGGAAGGAUUUUAUUCCCAAAUAUCUGUUACCUCUGGACGAGAACCCGAAAGAACAGGCGAGGAUUGCGGCCGAUCUCAAGGAUUUGAGAAAUAAAAUGGUCUUCGCCUUCGCCAUUAUGAACACGAUUUUCAUAUUAUUUGUAUUACUCCUCCAAAUGCAUGACGACGUGUUCAGUAUCCACAUCCCGGGGCCCAUCGACUACUACAACAAAACCCGGUAUAUUGAAGAGGAGGACCGGUGGGAGGAGGAGCCCAUCUACAAGACCAUCAAAAUGGAGGAUAAAUUAUUCCCCAUUUCUAUAUUAAUAAAUAUAAAUAAUUAA